CAGGCGGCGGCCGGCAGUGCGGGCUCUCGGGGCUCCGGCAUGGGGGCUGCGCGGGGGCUGCGGCGCGCGAGGGGCCGGGCGACGACGACGACGACGGCCGGCAGCUCCAGCUCGACGCCUCCUCGGGCGGAAGCGCGGCCUCCCUGGCGCUGAGCCCCUUCCUCUGCCGAGGAGGCAGCUUCCACCGCGGAGGGCCCGGGGCCCCCUUGCAGCCGCUCGCCAUGUCCAUCAUGGAUCACAGCCCAACCACGGGGGUGGUGACCGUCAUCGUCAUCCUCAUCGCCAUUGCAGCCCUGGGCGCCCUGAUUCUGGGCUGCUGGUGCUACCUGCGCCUCCAGCGGAUCAGCCAGUCGGAGGACGAGGAGAGCAUCGUGGGCGAAGGCGAAACCAAGGAGCCCUUCCUCCUGGUCCAGUAUUCUGCGCGGGGACCUUGCACGGAGAGGAAGGCCAAGCUGAGCCCCAGUGGCCCCAAGGCGCACGGCUAGCGGGAUCCCACAGAUACUGUGAAGGACACGCAGGGCUGCGCUCACAGCCAUGCAUGCCAGAGGAAGAUGAUCCUCCUUGCUCCUGGCAUGAGGUCUGUUGCCGGCAAUGGACGGGGGUGGGGUGGGGGACAGACGGCGUGUGCUACUCAACCUGCUACUUGAAUUGCCCACUGAGCCCUGACAUAAUGUGAGCAGCUGCGGAGGGAGUGUGUGGGGAGCCUCUCCAGGAAGAAGCAACACGCAGGGUGUGAGCCACUUGGAGUUAGAGACACCGCCUGCGUGAGCCCUGCAGGGAUUUCUCCAUAACCAGGGUGUGUGUACGAUGUUGGAUUUGCAUCGCCUGUUCCAGGACAGAAGACCAGUGCUGGUAUCGGCAGCUGCAGCUGCAAAAUGCGGCUUCUGGACAGCCGUUUGUUGGUGUACUUUAAUAGGGGCUCCAAUGUCCAUGAGGGCCCGGCCAAUGCUGCCUGGUAAUGAUGGGAGCUGCAAUCCAAUGAUGGGAGCCUGCUCUCCCUGAAGUGAGGGGGGGUGUCUUGGGGGGAAUAGCCGUUUGAUUGCUGAAAGCAGCAGCAGCCCCCCACCCCCAGCCAGUGACGACCGCUUUCCUUUUGGGGUGCAGUCAGAAGGCUGCCGGGUGGCUGGAUUUGGGGCGUGUGCAGCAGAAGGGCAGAAAGGCCCUUGUGUAACCAGCCAUUUCUUUGCCUGUGGAUGCAGAGUUCGGUUUGGGGAGGGGGUUGUUGGUGUUCCUCAGAUGUACAGUUCCCAGUGAGUGUAUUUUUGUAGCUAAACCCGUCCCCUUCAAGGGGCUUCUGGGAAUACCCAGCCAAGCACCAGGGGAGAACGUCCCACCUCCCAGCAUCUUUGACCUUUCUUUCACUUAUUUCCACUUGUGCUUUUAUGGCCAAAGGGAGACCCUGAUACUUUGAGAAGAAGCCCCCCCUUCUUUCUUUGGCCUAAGCAAUAGACUUAGAGCCCCCCAUUUCAGCCCCUCUGACCAGCUGCUGAAACACAGUCAACGGGGCCUCUUGCACAGCUUUGCCUGGAGUUCCCCCUCCUGUUCACGGCUAGCAGUUUGGUGACCCCAUCUUGUUGCCCUCAACUGUGUAAAUGUUGCUUGCCACUGACCUCUCAUCAGCCCCCCCACACCCCCCAGGCUGUUUCAUUCUCCCAGAGCAGGGCAGGCAUGGCAGAGGCUCCCUCAGCCAGAAGGGGCAGAGCAGCUCUGUGCCAGGAACAGAGAACGAAGGGGUACCGUGGGGUGGAAGCCUUGCUCCCCCCACUCCUUAACUGUAUAAUUAACACUCCUGGAAGUUCUCUAAAGAAAAAUUUGAAGGUAACAUUUUGUGUUUGAAUAUUUUGUGUAAAUCUGGCACUGAUUUUGAGCCAAAAAAGGAAAAGCACUGAUGGGAUAAUCUUGGCUUGUUUGUGGGUAGGGAAGAGGGAAGGGAAAGAGAGGCCUCAUGUGGCCACCCUCCAAAUUGUUUAAUUUAGGUUAAACCGGUACAAAAUCUAUCAAAUUAGUGCAAUUUUAAAGUGCAAAGAACAAUCCCUGCAAUUUGACAAUUUCACAAAUCCAGAGCCAUGCCACUCUGGGUCCACGACUCAUCAAAAAAAAUACUCUCCCGUUUUUCUACUCCAGCAAAAGGAGGGAGGUUUUCUAGUGACACUUCAAUAAAGUUUGCAUAAAGGCUG